GCAAGUCUGCUCAUGCCCCGAUGGGCCGCGCAGAAACGUCCCACCGGGUCUCCGUGACUCCACCGGGUGGGCGGAGGAGCGGGACGGCCGCUGCGCCUUUUAACCCCAGAUCUGGUCCCGCUCACAUCAGUGCGGAUGAGAGCCGCCCAUCGGUCCGUUUUUUGCCUCUGGAUAUUUCUGAGUCGAGCCGGAGUCUGUCUCUCUCUCUCUCUCUCUCUCUCUCUCUCUCUCUCUCUCUCUCUCUCUCUCUCUCUCUCUCUCUCUCUCUCUCUCUCUCUGUGCAUCCUGACACCCGGAAUCCGCGCUCCAAACUCUGCGCCUGAGCUUUUCUCGACUCCUCUCCCGCCAAGGCCAUGUUUUCCAAGGCCACUGCCAACUUCGUCCGUCAGGUUGAUCCGGAGGGCAGCCUCAUCCACGUGUCCCGGGUCAACGACUCCCACAAACUGCUCCCCAUGGCAGUUGUGGUCAAGCGCAACCGCUUCUGGGUGUGGCAGAGGCCCAAGUACCAGCCGACUGAUUUCACCCUGGGCGAUCUGCUGCAGGGCGAUGAGGCGCUCCGACCCGGAGUUUCCGAGACAGAAUUCCUGACCUACAAGGAGACGUACCGGGACGAUCACUCCGGGAAGCUGGACACCGAGGCCGGUCCCGUCAACGUCGGUCUGGAGGGCCUGGGUUUGUCCAAGCUGGAGUCGUGUUUCGGAAAGCUGAAGAAAGAGGAGCUGGAUGUCAAGAAGCUGUUGAAGGACUCCGACGGAAGGUUGGUGGACAUGCAGCACGUCCUGGUGCAGCAGCUGGAGAAGCGCGCCGAGGUUCUGACGGUGGUGAAGGAGCGCAUCCUCACCGCCAACUCGUGCUCCGUCACCAUGACCAAGAAGCAGCAGUGCACCUUUCAGGGCGUGCUGGGCCUGAUGGGCCUGCUGGGGGGCUCCGUGAAGGUGCUUGGAAAGGACGUGAACAAUAUUGAGGUGGACAGCGACGUCUCCUUGGAGAUUCCCUCUGGCACCGUGAUCGCGUACAGCAUAAUGGAGCUGGAGAUCAAAAAGAACGGCCACUACGGAAUAUGCCUGCGACCCAGCGCCAUCGGAGGUUUCGAGAGCGACUCCAUCCCGUUGGACGGCUCGUCGGAUGCAGUGGACGGCAGUUUCGACCGGCACGGGGCUCGGGGAGGAGGUGCUCCUUUCGCCGUUUUUCACAGCGGAUGGUCGGAUGUGGACCUUUCUCCUCUGGCGGACCUCCCCAGGUCGACUCGACGUGAGCUGAUGGACAAGCUCCAAGAGGCUCUUCGAGAGAGAUUUGCUCUGUCCUACUUACAAAGUGAGCUGGAGAAGUUGUGUGAUUGUGAAACAGCGGAGACGCCCGUUAUUGGUGAGAAGGAGACAAUUCCUACAAGUUCACCUGUCCCUGAAUGCGUCCCCACUGGCUUCUCGUCACACCUGCCCUCAGCUUACCUGCUGGUCAGUGCCAUGGAGGAGCUGCCUGAUGAGACGCUGAACAUUUUGAGCGACAGUCGACCUGAUUUUCUGUCAGCGUUUGAUGUGCUGAUGUGCCGGUUAAAGGAGAGCGGCGGGAGUCUGUCCGUCCUGUCCGUUCCUGCGCCGCUGCAGGACAACCAGGUCUUCCAGCAGGCAGAGCAGCUGCUGGGCUCCAUCAGAGCGACGCUGAGGAGAGACGGCGAUCAGCUCCGGGUGGAGACGGAAAACGCGGACAGGGCUCUGGCUGUGCUCCUCGGCCUCAGCGUGCACGGCCUGGCCUUGCUCUGCACCGACAUGCGUUAGUUACGGCAUCUGCGUCUUUGUUGUUACAUUUAUCCCGUAUAAGCUUUUCAUAUUCCAGUGCUUGACGUCGUCAUAUUAUCUUUGCUCUACUCUCAGUUUUCCAAUUUGUGUUAUUUAUCACACAUAAAUAUAUUAUUAUUUAAAUAAACGGUUUGCGUUUUUUGUACAAAACUUACGAAUCUGGAUGGAGGAUUGAGCGCCAUUGGCAAUUUACCGUCAAUCCAGUUGUUUCUGUUCACAAUAACUAUUAUCCUCAGUUAUUGGUGAAUCCUGAAAACCUUUUUAUAUUUCAGUAAAUACACACUGACUAAAAGUUCAUAUGGGACUUGUCAUAGUUUGAACAGAAUUUGAGAAUUGACUGAUUUCUGACAAAACACAAGACGACGAAGCUUCAAGCAGUUUCUUUUGUCUCGUCAGGAACUUUUGCUCAAAAGAUGCUUUAGAAGAUUUUCUCUUUUUAAAAAGAACAAUAUAGUUUUAUAUUAAUUAGCACAAGCAUAUAUAUAUAUACUGCUCAAGAAAUAAAGGGAACACUCAAACAACACAAUAUAACUCCAAGUAAAUCAAACUUCUGUGAAAUCAAACUGUCCACUUAGAAAGCAACACUGAUUGACAAUCAAUAUCACCUGCUGUUGUGCAAAUGGAAUAGACAACAGGUGGAAAUUAUUUUCAUAUUUAUUUCAUUCAUUCAGAUCUAGGAUAUGUUAUUUGAGUGUUCCCUUUAUUUUUUGAGCAGUGUAUAUACAUGUUUCACAUUCCUUAAAUUACUGGUGUUAGACCAUCAAAAGCUAUGCAGUCUAUUUUGGUUAUUUCCUUUGCCAUAAGCUAAAAGCAUCAUGCUUUGAUGUUUAAUGACAUAAUUUCAUUGCCUGAAGACUUUUUUCAAAGUUUCCUUUUAUCGCAAAUGUAACACUUUUUUUUUUUUUUUUUUUUUACAUUUCCAGUACAAUACAUAUUGUUUUAAAAUGUGGAAGACUGUUUUGUUUUCUUUUUUGUGGACGCUGGUCAUUUAUUUUAGUUUUUUUGUGGUUUGUUUUACUAAAUUUGUAGCUUUAAAAUGGUUUGUGUAUUUGGUUUUACUGCAAGAAUCUAAAAGUUGUCGCAGUUGUGAUGCACCAUUUCGUGCAGUGUUGGACCCGGUAGAUCGUGUUGAUGCUGUCACAGUAAUGGACCAAAGGUGAUAUAUUAAAAAGGAUUAUGUGAUGUUGUGAGAAGGAACUUUGCUGGUAGGAAGUGUAGUUCUUUACUUCUUCAUUCAUCAAAGCACACAAUAAUCCCAUUAAUCAUACUGUAUGGUGUUCAUUGUGUAACCUGUUUUGAAUAAAGCUUGUUCAAGGACA